AUGCGACUUAAACUUCCCCAACCAGUGCAGCUGUGGUUCAAUUCCAUCAGUACAUCUGCCAAACGGCAUCUUCAUAUGGAAAAGUUGGAAGAAGAGGUCAAUGAUGGUACAACCGUUUCUAAUUCCUUUAUCGUGGAAGCCGUCCAGAACUUGUGCUACGAAAUUUUCGCCAUUCCCGUCUGUACAUCAGAUGCCGUGAACGUAGCGCAGACGAUCUGUGGCCAUAUCUAUGAUCUUGCGCAGAGCAGCAACCCGGCCUUACAGCUCAUUGUUUUGGAUCUAAUCCCCACUCUUGUGCAUGUUUAUCUCGUCCUCUCAACUACCUUCCCCAGCAGCUUUGGCGGUUUUCCGACCAGUGAUAGAGCUUCAGUGUCGCAUCGCCAUGCAAAAAGCUCAGUCGCCACUACAGGCACCACCGAGGCUCCUACCGCUACCACAUCCACUACCAAUGCAGGGGUAGCGUCGCCCCGAUCCCGCAAGUCAUUGCGUCAUCGACUUAAGAAGACUUCAGUCAUCUCCGUCGAUGCUCUCCGCCGUCCAAAUUUUAAUCGCACUGUUCGUCGGCAUACUCGUCGCAUUCUCGCCGGAUUUACUUCUGACCCUACCAAUGUGUCAAAUAUCGGUACUACAGCCGCACCUGCUGAUUCCUCUACCCAUUCUUCCUCCUCUGCCACCGCCACCACAGCAAAGUCAUGCAGCACCACCGCAUCGAUCCCAUCAUCAUUGUCUGCCUCAGAGAAGGUUCCUGCAAUUGGAACGCACAUGGCCAGUCUAGCGGCCGUUUUGGAGACUCUGCUGCUGGGUCUCUACAACACUUACGCGCGUCGGCUUGCAACAUCACGAAGUUGGGGAAAUUUAUACUCUUCGUUGCCAACAUUUGCUUCCGGAUCAGUGUUCUGUGGGCCGUUAGAUAUCAUGAAAUCAAUGGAAGAACACGAAAUGGAGAUGGUUAGGAGUUUUCUUCACCUCUUCCCCAACAGGAGUUCUACCGCACACGCCGCAGAACAGUUUGAGUUAACAGCGUGCAAUCGCUGGAGGGUGUUGUGCCUUCUUUGCCGUCUCUCCACGGAGCGGAUUGAUGACCUCUCCGACAGGGGUCGUGAAGCUCUCUGUCACUUAGCCCUACUACUAGGUCCACGUGGCCUCCACGAGUAUCGCUUCCCACCACCCGUCGCUACUGCCACCACUGACGCUUCCUCUCCACGUCGCCGCCGCUCGCGGUGGAGUCGCUUCGCCCGUCACCAUCACCAUCGGCGACACAGUAGAGGUGCGCGACAUCCGUCGUCACCGACAGAGCCACGAGCAUCUACGCCACUACGUGCUUCGCAAUACCAAAGUGAUCGUGUCAUUGCUGCUGCUGCUCGGCUUGACCUCGCUCGCAUUGCGGCGCCCCUUCGUUCUGUAGUUGCUGCGCAGCAAGGCGGAACAUCGGCCAGCACGGGCAUGCAACCAUCAUUUAAUCUGGUUGGACAAUGUGAUAGCAAGGACACUGCUUCGGUAGAUAUGAAGAAGAAAAGUGAGGAGGACGACAGUGACAAUGAUCCUGAUUUGAGUGCCUCGCAAACUCCAACCAGUUCGAUAAACACUGACAGCAGUAAUGGGACGAGCGCGGAGACAGGCAGUAAUGCGUCCGUCUGCUCCGAUGAUUACGUAAACGAUGACGCUUUCGACGCCAGCUUUUCGAUUCUUGACGAGGAAGAAGGAGAGGAGAAUAGCUACGUGGACGACGAAGAUAGGGAGUAUGAGAACGAGGAGGACGAAGUCUCCGACCAUCAUUCUCCAUUGCCAGUUAACGGUGUGCUUGAAACCGAAUUCAAUCGCAACGCUCUGAACGUGGACAGUGAAGGAACAGGACCUCCAAAAGCGGAAGUGGACGAAACUUUCACUAACGCGCAAAGCAUCUUGGAAGACUGUGAACCUGUUGAUAUCAACGAUGGUGAUGAUGAUGCUGUCACUGCGAACAGCCACUCCUCCUGCACUCUAGAUCCUCUUCAUAAACAGAAAUCACAACAGCAGUCAUUGGAGCAGCUACUACAUCAACAAGAGUCUCAUACAACUACUGCACCUAUGCCACGGAUAAGUGAUGUUGGCGAGCGAAAGACAUCGAGGCGCCGUCAAUUUCACGGUUUAGGACGUAGUAGUGGGGGUGAAAAGGAGAGACACGCGAGAACAGGAAUGGUUGGAGUGUUUAUGGGGUCGGUACGAAUACCCCGACUACCGGCACAAUUCGCUCUCGACCUACUGCCAGGUCUGCACUUUGCUCUCACCACAGCACAGUCGCGUCUAGCUGCCACUGCUAUCGAUUCUCUCGCUCGACGAGCCGAUUUAGAACUUUGGUCCAAUGUCCUUCUCUACACCAACAGUAUUCGCAACAGUAAGGCGUAUGUUGACGCCGCUACCGCUUCACUUGAUCAAAACUGCAUCGUAGUGUCGGUGGGUCAGAGCAACCAAUCAAAUGGUUCGGUAACCCUGCGAGGUCUCUCACCCGGCGCCUCGCGCGCCUCAUCCGUCACUGGCUCUGGCACCUCAUCCACACUGGAAGAGCAGCGCUACCCAGCAUCUCCAGUGACAGUAAUCAAGACAUCUCGGCAACCCAGACAACCAAUGGCUAUUACGAAUGCUUCAUUCCAUGUUGUUCGGCCAGAGGAGGAUAUUCCGCCAAUGAAGACUGAAGGACGCAUUAAUAGUGAUGUCAAUAAGAACCCUGGCGUUUCCAAUCCGCCUCCUCCACUAUUACUAUCGACGUCUCCCUACCAUACUAGGGAGGCAAGCCCACUACGUAGACUCCAUCCACGUUCAAAGAGCCUUUCGCCACGGUACAAGGAGGCGGAGUUGUCGCUUCCCUCACGAGGUUUCUUGCGACUUAAUUGUGCUGGCUGCAGCACCUCAAAGCCGCUUGUGAGGCAGCGCGCACUGUCUUUCAAUCCUAGGUUGUGCAGUGCUCUUCGAAAUAGCAGGUCAAAAAGUCCCUACCAUUUGAAGGUCACAUUUGCCGACGAGUCGGGGAUCGAUCGAAGAGAGGUUUUAUCACCCCCAGUACCAACACCAUUGCUAACAUCACCACCAACACCACGCUCCAUUUGA